AUGUCUCUCGCCAGGACUACGCAGUCUGCGGUACAGCGCGCACCUGCGACACCCUCCACGCCAUCCACUCCAGCCGCACAAGCCGACCAGCCCUACACACCGGGCGGGUCAUGGAAGCAUCCCAAGUUCGAUGAGAUCGCGCGCCGCCAGUAUGCCACCACCUUUGACGAGCGCAACGUGCGCGCUAUCACUGCCAACGCUGGCCUGCUCUUCCUCUCCAUGUAUGGCAACACCAUCACCUCGCAAGUGAAGCUCCUAGAGUAUGACUCUCUGUCUGACUUGGCCUCCAGCACACCAAUCAACGCCGUGGUCAGGGCUGUUCCGUACAGCGAAUGGGCCAUAGUCCUCAUUCGCCUCGCCUUCGCCGUCAACAUUGUCAUCGCGUUCCUGCCUCUCGUCCGCCGCUACUACCCCGACGACAUCGCCGACAUCCCUCUCACCCCCUCACAGCGCGCGUCCAUGGGUCUGCGGACAGACGUCAUGUCGCCACAAACACCAGGCUCUGCAUUCGCAUCACCAAACUACGUCACGCCCCCGCGAUACCAGCGCUCUACACCGCGUAGCAGCAGCUUCAGCAACCAAGACCGCAGCUCACAAUCACCCCUGUCGGGAGCGCGUGGUGGCUUCGCUCUGUCCACAUCCAACUCGCCAUUCUCGCCCAGCCAAAGCAACGGCAGUCCCUUAUUCCAGAAGGCCCUUUCUGGGUCGACGUCAAAGCGAUUGAGCUAUGGAGGAACACCAAUGAGCGGCAGUCUGUUUGGAGACAGCUCGUCGAGCGCAACUCCUGGGCACCCCCACGCCUUCGACCGGGCCGAGCGAGCGUGGGACUGA